GGGAUUCCUGGAUGAUCGUCGCUAUCGCAUUGGCAUCUGUGUCGAUAGUUCUGCUUUGCAUCGGGCUCGUGGUCUUUCGACGCAGAAAAACGAGAGAAGAGGCCAAUGCGUCACUGCAGCGUCACUUUAUUAUCAGUGAUUCUAAGCGCCUUGGGGCAGAAGAAGACACCGUCAAUACUCGUCUCGACACCUCUUCAACUGGUCCGUACACCGGUGGUCAGCGUCAAGAACACGGCGGAUACUCCACAUCGUUCCUUACAGCAGCACAAGGUGGGAUGUGGGAAGACGAUAUCAUCACUGCAAUGCGUAUCCCAACGGAAAAACUCACUAGAGGAAAGCUACUCAACAAAGGCGGGUACGGAAUGGUCUACCGAGGCUCGUAUCGUGGAGAAGCCGUGGCCAUAAAGACACUUCUCCCGGAACAGAGAAAAACACUAGCUCAGAUCAACAGCUUCUUGUCGGAAAUCAAGAUCAUGGCUGCACUGGAACAUCCGCGUGUCGUCCGGUUAAUCGGCGUGGCUUGGGACUCUCUGGCGGAUCUCUGCUCCGUUGCCGAGUACAUGGAAGGUGGAGAUCUACGAACGCUACUCAACUACUUUGAGUAUCACGAGUGUCGUCCGCAUGGCUUCGACCUGGAGAAGGCGCGUAUCGCCUUGCACGUCGCGCACUCGUUUACGUAUCUGCACUCACUGGACCCGCUAGUACUUCAUCGCGAUCUCAAGUCCAAGAAUAUAUUACUGACGGAGGAUCUAGAGGCCAAGAUUACGGACUUUGGCGUCUCUCGAGAGAGCAGCGACCGGACAAUGACCGCUGGAGUUGGAACGUCUCUAUGGAUGGCGCCUGAGGUGAUGAUGGGAGAGCGGUAUGGCUCCAGUGCGGACAUUUUCUCGUUUGGUGUCGUUCUGUCGGAGCUGGACUCGCAUGUGCUGCCGUACGCCGCUGCCAAGGAGACGGACUCUGGUCGAGUGAUCCCCGACACGGCGCUACUGCAGUUGGUAUCUCUGGGUCUUCUUCGGAUCGAGUUCUCUUCACACGCACCACAGGCUCUGGUUGAUUUAGCUCACUCGUGCGUGGAUCUCGAUGCUGAUACAAGACCCAAUGCUGGCGAAGUGCUGUACCAACUGCAGCUCAUUAUGAACAUGUACGAGAAUGCCACGCUGUAA